CAGACAGUGACCCCACCCCAAUUUUUAAAAAUAUUCGAUAAUUUUCACCCCCACACAGAAAAAUAUAUAUCCGAGAAUAUAUGCCGGCAAAAAUUUAUCUGAGAAAUCUCAACUCGACUAAUACUUCCCGCGUUUCUUUGGUCUCUUUGUUCCGUUGUUAUUCCAAGAAUUCCAUAACUCAAAACAAAGUCUCAAAUAACGGAGGUCGUUGCGUCGUCAUUUUAAUUUCAACGUUGUUACCAUCGACAUUGAUUUUGAUAAAAAAAAAUUAAUUUUAAAAAUGUCAUCACGUAAACGUGUUUAUGAACAUUCUGGUUGGAUCAGUGAUAUAUUAUCAUCAGAUACAGCAGUGAUAAGUUUUGACAACAAAGGCAUAACUGAUAAUGUAUUAUUGAAGAAAAAUCAUUUUUAUUACAAAGGAAAAGUAAUCGAUUCCGAUGAAUGUUUUUAUAAUUAUCUUUCCAUCGGUGUCACGGUGAAAUUUUCUGGUUACACCUGGUGUUCAGAAGAGUACUCAGACUGUACUUGGUACGCUACUAUUUGCUGGACACUUGAUUCCAGUCCAUGGUCUAGUGUAGCAAUAAAAAGUGGUCUAAUGUUUGUAUCAGGACGAAUUGUGAGUCUCAAUAAUCUACGUGGUGUCAUUGAGUUGACUGAUAACUCUGGAAAAUCUCAUAGAAUUUUAUUUGUUGCUUCUAAAUUAUAUUGUAAGAGUAAAAAAUUUUCUGGUAAAACACUGACGGAAGAAGUUAAAAUUGGUGAUUGUAUUUCAUUUGAUGCAAUUCCGUGUAUUGCUGAAGAAAAUGAUGAACAAUGUCAAUGGUUUGCAACAUGUGCGUAUAUUGGCACCAGGCCUAAAUUAAUUAACAGUUCAUUUGAUAAUACUAAUGGCGAAUGUGAUUUUUCGACACCAGUUUGGAAUGAUGAUAUCAAAAUUGAUUCUCAAAAUGAUUUCAAUAUUAACUGUUCGAAACUUAUUAAAGAGAACAUAAAUAAUCCCAAUACACUGUUUGUAUGUGGUCGAGGCAUUGUAGUCGAUAUUAUUAAUGAUGAAUUUGGUGUUAUGUUGGGUGAAUUUAGUAUUAAUUGUUUCCAAACAAUAAUAUUUCAUCGGCGUAGUACGUUUAUUGAUAAAUUGUGUUUGAGCAUGGUUGAUCUCGCUGAAAUAUUUACUAACGGCGAUCGAUUGAACUUCGUUGCGGUUGGAGCACCAUCAGGUUUCUUAACUGAUUGGAUCGCUGUCCAAGUUUCUGCGGUUCUGACAGAUUUAAAAAAAGAUGCCGGCGUCAACAAUUCUGAAUCAGAAUUGAGUGAAUCGUAGUAAGCUGUCAACUUACAUUCGCAUUAUUAUGUUUACGGAAGCAUUUUGAUUCUUAAAUUGUGGUUCCUGGCAUAUCGAACUGUUUAUUCAGUGGUUCUGGUACUCAAUGACAUGACAAUGAAGCACCAUCGAACUUGAGCUACUUUUACUCAAGGAUUUUGAUCUGCCAUCAGCAGCACUUAUAAGUAUCCUUAUUAUGUUUAGUAAAUUAAAAAAGUGUAUACUUUGUCUAGGACAAUAAAAAAAAAUUUAUAUAUACAUAUGUCUAUAUAAAUAUA